AUGUGGUUCCUCCUCUACAAAGUAUUCAAAAUCGGCGUCUCCCAAGCCAAAAAGCACAAAGCCAAGAAGAACGCCGACGGAACCGUCCCCUCUACCACUGACAAAACUGGAACAACUACCGAAAUGUUCUCCCUCGACAACGCCAGCGGCAUCAACACCAGCACCCGCAACCCCUUCAAAACAAUCCUCGACAUCCUCCUCCGCCUCCUCCAGUUCGCCCUCGGCCUCGCUGUUGUCGGCCUCUACGGCCAGGAUAUCUCGGGUACUUCCUCGGACGAGGGAAUCGACGGGCGUUGGUUGUACGCUGUUAUCGUUGGUGUUUUGUCUUCGCUUUCGGCGUUGCUGUACUUGAUCCAUUUGGGAAUUACGAAGAAGAAGAAGACGACGCCGUUUUAUUGUGCUGAGACGGGAGUUGUUGGGAUUUGUCUGUUUGCGUGGGAGGGGGUCGUGUGUUUAUUGUGGUUGAUUUGUUUUGGGAUUUUUGGGAAGAUGUUUUUGGCUACAGGACAUCAUGCUAAAGGGUAUGAGGGGAAGAUGUGGAGGGCUGUUUGGGUGGAUCUAGUUUGUUGGGGGGUUUGGGGGGUUAGUAUGGUUUGGUUUGGAGUGAGGUGGUGGAAGGCUAGGGCUGGUGGUUCCGAUACAAGUGGGAAUGGGGAUGUUGAGAAGGGGGGUGAUGAGUGA